AGAACAUGCUUAGCAACACCUCGUAAUAUGCCUUUGAUUUCAAAACAUUCAUUUUGACGAUGGCGAGUGCAAAGCAGGGUUGUUGAAAUACAACUCCUUUGAUGUUUUGCUAACCAGCGUUAGCUUAGCUUGGCUUGUUUACUCUCCAGACACUAACAAGGGUGACAAUGAUUUUUGCAAACUGAGGAAUAUUUACAGGCAGUAACUAGCUUUAUUGAAUAGCUUAUUUCUCAUCGAAGCUAUUUUUCAAGGUAGCUUACCAUUUUAAACACGACGGGCACGAUUUCACCAGCUAUUUCAAGGUCAAUUAACCUAGAUGGCUGGCGUUAACUAGUUGGCUCUGGAAUUGCUAGAAUUUCUAAUAUCGACAAAGCUACAUUUAGUCUUGCUAAUUAGUUAUCAACCCCAAAUUGACAAUGAUCGUGACAGUGUUGACAUCUAGAUAUUUACCGCUAGCUUGUUUGCCAACGUUAAUGCAGCUACAUUGCUAUAUAAUCAAAAUAGCUUGCUGCAUGUUUUGAAAGCGCUUUUACAGAAUUGGACGUUUUCACCAGUCCGUGUACUUAGUUUUUUUGUUAUACACAACUGAAAUAAUAUUAUAUUAAAUACAAGUGUACGGAAAUGGGCCUAAUCAGGAAGUCUAAGCUUAGCUAACUUUGAUAACUUACAGCGAAUAGGCAGGUAAAGCUAGCUAGUUUAACGAGCAACAUUAGCUAGGGAAACGUGACAUUACGUAAUGUGAACACGUGAUGUUGGUGAAAGUGCAUUAUUAGCAUUGUCAACAAUGCUUGGGCGUGCAAAUUCUUAACCAUUCUCACCUACUGCAGCAGAUCUCGAGGUACUUGUCUCGUCAGCGUGUUAAUUACACCAAAAGCUAAAUGAGCAUCUGAUAAUUAGCAUCUGCUCAGAUAAUUAUGAAAUGGCUGGAAGCUAAUGCCCGUGGCUAACGAACUAAUAACUCGUUGGCAAAUUACAGCUACCUACUUAACGUUAUUCAGCUACUGAAAACAAAUGACACCAGCAUAGCGAUAACCAUAUUUACCAUACUGUUAUAAUUUGUAGUUAUUUAGCAAGCAUUGUGAUUAGUUAGCAUACAGAUUGGAGCACCAGCAUUGAUUUGUGGAAAACAUUCUCUGAUAAUAACAAUAAUAAUAAUUAAACUAUGGCAGCAAUGCGCCGACCGAGGUACUCUCUGUAUUGGGAGGAGACCGAGUGCCUGAAUUACUACAGUAUGUUGUCCCUUCAUGAGAUAUUCGAAAUCGUCGGCUCCCAGUUGACGGAAACUGACGUCGAGGUCCUAUCGUUCCUUCUGGACGAGACGUACCAUGGAACACAUCCCCUCGACCCAGCUGGCUGGACUCCCGAGGUCUGUCCCGAAAACCCCGAGGCUAGUGCAGGCGGUUCACCAAGUCCAAGGCUGCUGGAGGCCUGGCGUCGGCUACAGCCUCGGGGGUCCCCGUGCCCGGCUGCAGCUCGACACAAGCCGAAGAGCGGUUUAGAUCUGCUGCUGGAACUUGAAAGGCGUGGGUACCUCAGCGAAGGAAACCUGGAACCACUGUUGCAGCUGCUGAGGGUACUCACGCGGCACGACCUCCUGCCUUUCGUCUCGCGCAAGAAAAGGAGGACAGUGUCCCCAGAUCGUUAUGCUGUGGAAUAUUUUGGCGAUGAUCGUAGAGGAGUAGGCUCAGCUGGACUGACGGACCCCAACGGACAGACUGAUGUUUCCCAGAGUCGGUUACCAGGGCAGUGGAGGGCAGGUGUUGACCCGUCCAGACCAGCACCCACCUCCACCCGGCGGAAACGGGGCCGUGGCCGCCGUUCGAGCGCGGCAGGUGGCGCCGCCUGCAGGAGGGCGCUGGAACUGCCGGCGGCCCCCGCCAUGGCCCAGCAGCAGGCCCAGCCGGCGCAGGAGAAAGUCACCUGCGACAUCCGGCUGCGGGUGCGGGCCGAGUACUCGGAGCACGAGUCGGCGCUGCGCGGGGGCGUGUCCUCGGACAAGCAGCAGCCGCUGGAGCGCCAGUUCGAGCUGUUCAGCCGGGCCAGCUCGGUGCUGCGGGCGCGCGACCUGGGCUCCAUCAUCUGCGACAUCAAGUUCUCCGAGCUGGGCAACCUGGACGCCUUCUGGGCCGACUACCUGAGCGGCGCCCUGCUGGAGGCGCUGAAGGGCGUCUUCAUCACCGACUCGCUCAAGCGGGCGGCGGGCCGCGAGGGCGUGCGGCUGCUGGUCAGCGUGGACCAGGACGACUACGAGGAGGGCCGCAGGCUGCUGCUGGGGAGCCAGGAUCGGGCCUGGUACUAGGCCGGGACCGGGUCCUGACCUGCUUGAGUUGAUUGGAGAACGAGGGACGAGAGUGAGGAGGAAGGAGGAGAACCUCAGUCUCUCCCGUGCUUUCUCCCUCCAUUCCGAAGGCCAGUCGCACACAGAAGCGCAGACGCACCGAACCUGAGAUGCAGACUAACUUGAUGAAAGACUGAACCUCUCCGUACGACGCACACGCUGACCUGAGCUGGGACAGCGGCUGUGUGUGUCCCACUGCAGACUGACCCACACGCACGCACACGCGCGUACACACACACACACAAUCACACACACGCAGGCACACAGGCACACACACACACACGCAGACACAUGCACACACACACACAGGCACACACACACAAUCACAGACACACACACACGCAGGCACACACAAUCACACGCACACGCACACACACACACACACACACACACACACACACACACAAUCACACACACGCAGGCACAUACACACAAUUACACACAAACACACACACGCAGGCACUCACACACACACACACACACACACGCAGGCACACACACACAAUCACACACACGCACAUGCAGGCACACACACAAUCACACAAAACACACACACGCAGGCACACACACACAAUCACACACAAACACACACACAGGCACACACACACGCACAUGCAGACGCACACACACAAUCACACACAAACACACACACGCAGGCACACACACACACUGGCAUGCACACAUGCGCGCACACACGCACAGACUCGCAUACACACACAUGUAGACAUGUUUACAUGCACAUGCACACAGACUUGCAUAUACACACACACAAGUAGACGUGUACACACAUGCAUACACUCACUCACAGACGCACACACAUGCGCACACAGUUUCACGCACACACCCACACGCACACAAACAUGUAUGCACACACACACGCACAUACACUCACGCGCACACACACAAACACGCCAUUAAGUGUUCCCAUGAUCUUUUGAAGUAAAGAGAUGAUGUACCUGGAAUUGAGGUGCUUAUAUGACCUGUGGAAAGAGCAUCGAGGAAAUAAUCAGAUUAUGUUUGUCACAGUGUUAUAACACGGCUGCCGAUGACUGCUAUGGAGUGCCACACCAACGGGCAAUUUAUUUCAGUUUAAUGGACAUAAUAUGGGUUUGAGAGAUGGAGGGGGCUGUUAUUGAAGGAGAGGGAUCCUGGAGACGAUGAAGGCGGUUAUUAACGGAGAAGGGGACGGAGUUUUGACCCCGUGGUGAAGGAGAGGAGGGUGGUGGAGGAGAGAGGAGGCGGCAGGCAAGUGUGGGGUGGCACGGUCCAGCCGGGCCCCGUGUCCACGGACCGCGGCUUUUUGGUUUUUUUUUUGCGCGGUACAGAGCGCUCUUUCUUAAAGAGUCCCUGACCGAGGACCUCGUCCCAGCCAGGCGACGUCACGCGCGCCCUGCGAGGAGGGCAGAGCAUUCUGGGAGCUCGAGCGGGCGGCGGCGGCGGCGGGCGGCGGCUCCUCCUCCAGCCCGCUCCGAGCCCGCCCCCCCCCCCGCGGCUCCGGCGGAAAACAAAGCCGUCGGCGGCGUGCGCGGGGUCGGCGCGGGGGCCCGGGGCUCAGCUGGGCUAACCGCGUCCCGGCGGGCGGGGCGGGCGGGGGGGGGGAGAUUUGGUCAAUACGCCGAUGAUUGAGAUUACGGGAACACGGCGCCCGGCUCUGCCCCCUCGCCGGCUCUCCUCGCAGCCCGCCGCGCACGGCCGCGGAACUAAUGCCCCGGACUUCAUUCAUGGCUGUCGGAUCAAUAGCGUCCCCCCGGCUCCUCUCAUCCAGGGGGCAAUUUCGGGGGCCGGCGGCCGCUCUCGUCCGGAUCAGACCUCUUUAGUACCCGGGUUCCGGGGGAAUUUCGGGGAUGCGGUGUACUGAAGUGUACAUUCUCCUGUGUAUAUGCAUUCAUACGACAUUAGGACAUCGUUGCGUGCAGUAGUUUAGAGUAGAGAGCUAGCUGAAUUGUAACCAGUGGUAGAUUAAAUUAUAUAGGCCGUACGGGUGUGAAGCUUCUGUUUGAAACCCUGGAGUUUUGAGCAUGGCAACAAAAAUUUUGAUUUUUUUUUUUUUUUUUUUCUUUUCCUUUUUUAUUUCGGUAAAACCUUAAUUUAAUAUAUCGGUGGAAAGUGGACAAAAAUAAAGUUUCUAAUUUAAAUAAA